AAAACCAUCUUCUACAUCUGAAUGAUGCAGAAAUGGGAGUUCGAAAAAUAUUUUUAGCCAAUUACCAAAUUCACUAUUUUCGUCUUUUAUCUUACUUUAUGCCACCAAGCUUGACCUAAAUGAAAACGGCAACCAAUUAUCAUAACACCGGAAAAUAUUUCACGUACAGCUUCAUGACUGCCGAUUUCAAAAUCUAAAUAGAUGUUCCAGCAAACAUUAAUUUUAUUAAUGUCCAUUCAAUGGUAAAUGAUACUAUCAUUCAAUUAAAAAUGACUACAAGAUUGCGAUUCAGAAAACUAAUGGAAAAGUAAACAAAGGCCUAAAAGAUAUAUCGCAAUCGCCUAAUUCAUUUCAUCAAAAAAAUACAUUCAUAAAACGAUUUUCUUGUGAAAAAGUCAAUUUUAUAAAAUAUAGCAAUCACCAGAUUGUUGUCGUUUAAUUAUUAUUAUUAUUAUUAUUAUUGUCCAAAUCUCGGUUGAUUCAUAAAAAAAUAAUGGCUUCAGGUGCUUCAGGCGCUUCAGGUGCAUCUGCGCUAAACUUGGAAAACUAUAAGGAAUAUAUGGACAAUAUUACCAAUGAAAUACAACAGAAGUUUACUUUAAUAGGAGACAUCAAUUUGAUAGCUCAAGAACAUAUUCGCAAGAUUGACAAAUUAGAAAUUAAUUUUAUGUCAAAUGUAAAAAUCUCAUCUGCUGACAAGAAAAAGAAAACUCAAUCUGACAUACAACAUCAUUAUAAUAUAGCUCGAAAAUACCGUGAUGAAUCAGUUCAACUAGCUGUUAACAGUGUGAAAUAUGUGGAAAAACAAAUGAGUGAAUUAGAUUCAGAAAUAGCAAGACUUGAAAUUCAAAUUUAUGACAAAGUCGCCAAAAAUAAAGAAGAAAGUCUACAAAAACUAGGACGUGCAGAGAAAACUAAAAACGAAGAAAUUAAAAAGGAAAAAGCCUCAAAUGAAAAAAAAACGGCUCCAAACAAAACAUCUAAAAAAAAGCGAAAUAGAAAAG